AUGAGCAACUUUGCUCAGUGUAGCUGGCCAAUAUGGCAGAUCGAUGAUCUCACGCCGUGUUUCCAGCAGGACUAUCUGAAGAUUCUCUUCCCUCUGAUUAUAAUAGGAUUUUCAUUCCUCCACCUCGCCGUGCAGACUCUUCGAAGCAUUUCCAAGAAUCGCAAACAUGGAUACGAACAGGUUUCUGACGAACAUCACCACUCGCAUACCGAGCUUCCUUCCGAGGAGACCGCCGACGACGAUGAGGACGACGACGAGGCACUCACCAUGAACGGUGGUGGCCGCUUGGCUCUGGUCAAGACCACCACCAAAGGAUCCAUUGUCCAGGCCGACAGCCCCCACGGUCAGAACCUCUCCAUCGUCGUGGAGGAGCUUGCGAUUGCUGGUCUGAUUGCCAUUCACAUUAUUUCGUUGGUUACUGGUUCUGUUGCCGGCGGCCACGGCUUGAUCGUCACCAUCGUUGGCCUCGUCAACUGGGUUUACGUCGCUAUCCUUGUCACACUGCGCCUCUUCUUGGGAAACACAAAGUGGCGCGUGCCUCGCAUCUGGAACCACACGGCCUUCAUCUACCUCUUCCAGUGGCUGUUUACCGUUGCAAUCUUCCGCUCUGUUAUUGUCAACCCGCCUCCUCAGCUCGCGCAGAUCCUCGUCAUUCUCGAGUUUGCGUUGACCACCCUGCUGUUUGGCCUUGCUGUCACUACGAGAAAGGGCAACAAGACGGUGCUGUUGGAGUGGGAAGAUGGAAUUGAGCCUUCUCGCGAGCCUUUGGCCUCCCUCUUUUCCUUGGCUACCUUCUCCUGGUUCGACCCCCUGAUCCUGCGCGGGUACAAGGAGACUCUUGAGAUGAAGAGUGUCUGGAACCUCAUUCCCAAGGAGAAGGCUGCAGCCGUAUUGGCGGACUACAGAACACUCAAGAGGACCGGGGCCCUGUCAUGGCACUUGAUCAAGUACUUCAAGGCCGAGCUUCUGAGCCAAUUCGCCUUGGCAGUCCUGGCUGGUAUCUUUACUUUCGCCCCAACGAUGUUGCUCAAGGCCAUCCUAGAGUAUGUGGAGCGUCCCGAAGGAGCUCCGAUCAACGUCCUGUGGCUGUACGUGAUCCUGCUGCCCGUUCUCGACAUUGUGAGAUCGUUCGCCGACGGCAUGGCUCUGUGGAUUGGUCGCAAGAUUUGCAUUCGCAUUCGUGCCAUCAUGGUUGGUGAAAUCUAUGCCAAGGCCCUUCGUCGCAAGGCCGCCGCAGGCAAAGAUAAAGAACUCGGCAUGAAGAAGCCUUCUGGUUCCGAGAAGAAGGGCUUCUUCGCAAAGGUCAAGUCCAAGUUGGGUUUUAAGAAGGCCAGCGACGCCGAGUCCGCCAACGGUGCCGCAAAGGACGCUGAGAAGAAGGACGACGAGCAGGCUAACCUGGGCACCAUCAUCAACCUGAUGUCUGUGGACAGCUUCAAGAUCUCUGAAGUCACCGCUUACCUCCACUUCAUCUGCGCAUCCGCUCCUACUCAGCUGGUCAUUGCAAUUGUUCUGCUCUGGCAAGUUAUGGGUCUCAGCGCCAUCCCCGGUCUCGUUGUCAUGGCUUUGCUCUUGCCCAUCAACUACAGCUUCGCCCGAGGCUUUGCCAACACGUCGAAGAAGAUCUUGGGAGCUACCGACAAGAGAAUCAAUGUGACCAACGAAGUCCUCCAAAACAUCCGCAUUAUCAAGUACUUCGCAUGGGAGGCUAAGUUUGGCCGAAUCGUGGACGAGAAGCGUGCUGCGGAGUUGAAGGCUCUCCGAUCCCGCUACAUCAUCUGGUCUUUCGCGGUUGCCGUUUGGAACUCCGUGCCUGUUCUCAUCACCUUCUUCUCUUUCCUGAUGUACACUCUCGUCGAGAAGAAGCCCCUUUACCCCUCCGUGGCCUUUACUGCCAUCUCGCUUUUCAUGCUUCUGCGUGUUCCUCUCGAUCAAAUGGGAGACAUGUUUGCUCACGUUCAGGAAACCAAGGUCUCUUUGGACCGUGUCGAGGAGUUCCUCACCGAGGAGGAGACGGAGAAAUACGAGCAACUUGGCGAGGACAAUGUGGACGAGAACGGCAACAAGGUUAUCGGCUUCCGCAAGGCAACUUUCAUCUGGGGUGGCAAGGACGUUGUCGCGGACGAUGGAUCCCUCGCUUUCCGUCUCAUGGAUAUGGACGUUGACUUCCGCAUCGGAAAGCUCAACAUCAUUGCUGGACCCACAGGUUCUGGAAAGACAUCUAUGCUCAUGGCUUUGCUGGGAGAAAUGACUCUGGUGGAUGGCAAGGUGUACUGCCCUGGUGGUCGCAGCCGUGAGGAAGUCCGCGCUGAUCCCGAAACCCACUUGGCGGAUACGGUUGCUUAUGUCGCCCAAGCUGCUUGGCUUGUGAACGCCAACAUCAAGGAGAAUAUUCUUUUCGCUGCACCUUACGAUGAGAAGAGAUACCGAGACGUCAUUGUCGCUUGCGCCCUGGAGCGUGACCUGGAGAUUCUCGAUAACGGCGAUGAGACUCUGGUUGGUGAGAAGGGCAUUACUCUUUCUGGUGGCCAGAAGCAGCGUAUCUCUCUUGCCCGCGCCAUCUACUCCAACUCUCGGCACAUUCUUUUGGACGAUUGCCUCAGCGCCGUGGAUUCCCAUACCGCGCAAUGGAUUUUCAACAAUGCUAUCAAAGGUCCUCUCAUGGCCAACCGAACCUGCAUUCUCGUCACGCACAACCUUACAUUGUGCGCUCCCUCAUCCCACUACAUCGUUACUAUCGAAAAUGGCAGAAUUGGUGCCCAAGGUCCAUCGGGCGAACUCAUCGCCUCCGGUAAGCUCGGAGAGGAGAUCCAGAAGGCCGCCAUCAACUCCGCCACAGUCUCACGCAUUCCAUCCCGUGUACCGUCUAGCGUCGGCGAGGAUGGUUCCGAAACCGUCGUCAACCCAGGCGACGAGAACACCACCGAUGCCCGAUCCAAGAAGAACGACAAGAAGAAGAAGGAGACGAAGGAUGCUAUGGAGGAACACAAGGCGGAGGGCUCCGUCAAGUGGCCUGUCAUCCAGUUGUACUUGUCAUCCAUGGGCCCUUGGUGGUUCUGGAUCGUUGCCCUUAGCGUAUUUGGUCUCCAGCAGCUUUCAGGUGUUGCAACUAGUUGGUGGGUGCGGGAGUGGGCCAAGCAGUAUCUUCAGACGGAAGAGCAGUCCAUGACAUUCUCGACUUCAUCUCACAGUUACAGCUCUCAGUCGUUGUCUCCCACUUACUUCGCCUCCAUCGCCAAUAUUGGGGAGAGAAUCAGCUCGUCGUUCUCCACUACCGACAAUUCCGACGUCAACGUUACUUAUUACCUGACCAUUCUUGCCAUUAUCGGUGUCGCAGGCUCGGCCACAGCCUUCAUCAGAGAUAUCUGGGUCUUCUACGGUUCUUUGACGGCCUCUAAGAAGAUUCACAACGAUCUUAUCUCCCGCGUCUCGAGGGCCAAGUUCAAGUUCUUCGAUGUUACUCCCUUGGGCCAGCUCAUGAACCGUUUCAGCAAGGACCUUGAGGCAGUCGAUCAAGAAGUCGCUCCGAUCGCUAUCGGCGUCUUCGGAUGUGCUCUUGGAAUUCUAGUCACUGUCGUCCUGAUCACUGUCAUCACCCCUGGCUUCCUCAUCGCUGGUGUCUUCAUCACCGCUGCUUACUGGUUUGUUGGCUCGUUCUAUCUCCGAGCUUCUAGAGACUUGAAGCGUCUGGAAUCCGUCCAGCGAAGCCCUCUAUUCCAGCAAUUUGGCGAGACCUUGUCGGGAAUGACCACUAUUCGUGCCUAUGGCGAUGAGCGCCGUUUCAUCCGCGAGAACCUGACAAAGAUCAAUGUGCAGGCGCGUCCUUUCAUCUACCUCUGGGCUGCUAACCGAUGGCUUGCUUUCAGAACUGAUGUUCUUGGAGACAUGGUGUCUUUCUUUGCUGGAGUCUUCAUCAUUUUCAGCCUUGGCACCAUCGAGCCUGGACUUGCCGGUAUUUCUCUCAGCUACGCCAUUGGAUUCACGGAGAACGUCCUGUGGCUCAUUCGCCUUUAUGCCAUCAAUGAACAGAACAUGAACUCAGUGGAGCGCAUCAAGGAGUACCUGGAUGUUGAGCAAGAGGCCGAGCCCAUUGUGGAGAAGAACCGCCCCCCUGAGAACUGGCCCAGCCAGGGAUCUGUCGAAUUCAUCAACUACUCUACGCGUUACCGCCAGGAUCUUGACCCUGUCCUUAGAAACCUCAGCUUCAAGAUCAACCCCAAGGAGAAGGUCGGCAUUGUUGGUAGAACGGGAGCUGGCAAGAGUUCGCUAGCCCUGGCCAUCUUCAGAGCUUUGGAGGCCGAUGAGGGCAAGAUCUUGAUCGACGACAUUGACAUCGGACUGAUUGGACUUCGCGACUUGAGAGAGUCUAUUACCAUCGUCCCCCAGGAUCCUACGCUCUUUAUGGGCACUAUCCGCAGCAACCUCGACCCCUUUGACGCGUACACGGAUGAGCAAAUUUUCGAGGCCCUCCGCAAGGUUCAGCUCAUCGGACCUAACGAGUCGACGACUAGACCUACGACACCCUCUGCCUCGUCGAUGUUGCCAGCUACGCCCAACCUCGGCCUCAUCCAGGGCGAGACAAACUCGAGCCCUGCUUCUUCCAUCGCACCUACGAACAAGAACGUCUUCCUCAGCCUAUCGUCGACUGUCUCGGAGUCUGGCUCCAACUUGUCUCAAGGCCAGCGUCAACUUCUUUGCCUCGCCCGAGCGCUCUUGAAGCGCCCGAAUGUGCUGGUCAUGGACGAGGCAACGGCCUCCAUUGACUAUGCCACCGACACCAAGAUUCAGGAAACGAUUCGCGAACUGACCAGCACCAUCAUCACCAUUGCUCACCGUCUACAGACAAUCGUGGACUACGACAAGGUGCUCGUUCUGGAUAAGGGAGCCGUUGUCGAGUACGGCCACCCAUACGAGUUGAUUCGCAAGGAGAACGGCAGCUUCCGGGGCAUGUGCGAUAUGAGUGGAGAGCUAUCUAUCCUGAUCAAGGCCGCCAAGAAGAAGUGGGAUUCCGGAAGGCUAGUCGACAUUGACGACGAGGAAAUCGGUGACAGCCAGGCGACGGCCGUCGAGGAUGAAGCCCAGAAGAUUACCGAAGAGGCCAAGGCCAAGGCCGAUGAGGAGGCUAAGCAAAAGGCCGAGGAAGAGGCCAAGAAGAAGGCUGAGGCUGAAGCCCAAGCCAGAGAGAGAGCGGAGCAAGAUGCCAAGAAGGCACAGGAGGCAGAUGAGGAGGCGAAGAGAAAAGCGGAAGAGGACGCCAAGAAGAAGGCGUCUGACGAGGAAGCAAAGACGCACUCUACCCGCAACAACACCAACAUUUCCAAAAUGUCCAUGCCAGGCGCCUUCUCCCCGGAGCUGCCCCCUUCCAAAGCAGCCCCCGAAGACGCCAAGUCCAACAACCCGCCGCCCCUCCGCCUCGACCAGCCCAACGACGCAUACUCCCUCCACACAAACGACCCCUACUUCGAUAACCCGGCCGCCGCAUCUUCAAGCGCCGCCCUGGACCUGCCGCCUUCCUACACCGACGACCCUGCCGCCGAGCCCCCGAUUCCCUCCCUCCUGCUCGCAGACGAACACGCCGCCCCGAAUCUCUUCCGCAGAGAUCCCGCAACCGGCAACGAGAUCCACAUCUCCAAGCGUCUCGACACAGACCCCGCCUACCUCGAAUCCUUCAUCACCUCCCUCGCCCAGCUCCCUCCGCGCCCCUACGUCCGCGUCCGCGGCACCCACUCCAGCACCGUCCACAAGUCGGAAAACAAGACCGAGUCCAAGACCGUCGUCGACUUCGACCUUCACCUCGACCUCACCCCCUUCCUCUACCGCGAUAUUUCCGCCCGCCAGUCCUGGCGCGACCUGCGCACCGCAGACAACUUCUCAAAGGUCCGCCGCGGCACCGUCUUCCCAACCCGCGCCCCGGGCUUCGGCGGCUCCUCCUCCGCCGGCGGCGUCGUCGAGGGCAGCAAGCCCCCGACCCUGCGCGAGUGGUGCCACCGCUACUGCGCCUCCCACGCCGGCCUGAAGACCUUCACCCUCUCCCGCACCGUCACCGGCUUCGACGACGACGAGCGCCUCAAGGGCCGCCUCGAGGAUCUCGUCCGCUCCACCCACUACCGCGGCCGCAUCGACGUCAGCUUCCCCGUCCGCGACGAGCGCGUCGACGUCUACAACACCUGCCGCGUCAACCGCUGGCGCUUCUCCAGCUGGGUGCGCUGGCUCUUCUACCUUACCUUCCUGUGGGUCUUUGCCUGGCCGUACCUCUUCUUCCGCACCAAGCGCUUCGAGGUCGUCGAGGCGGAGUGGCCCUUCUCUCGGCGCAAGCGGGACCCGCAGACCGGCCGCGUCGUCGGGAGGGAAUACAUCACCGUGUCCGAGGACCAGUGGUACAACAUGUGGGCCAGGGCCAUCCACCGUGCCGUGAUGGAGCGGCGCCAGGGCGAGCUGGACCAGCGGGACCUCAGGGAUGCCGAGGGCCGCCAGGAUACCAGCUUCGAGGAUGUCCUCGCGGGCAUGGACGAUGAGAGAACCAGGGGCAUCGUGAGAGCUGGCGUGAGCGCGAUGAACGUUGUGAACCGUCACUUUGGCUGGGGCGUCUCGAAUCCGCGCCGAGUGCUGGCCGUCUCGCUGGCCGAGUCGACGCAGCAUCUCAGCAGGGUAAUCAAAGACCUCACUGGCGCCGUCCCGGAACCUGCCUCAACCUCCCUGGCCGGCACCACGCAUCUCCUCGACAUCAAGACGAGCUACUACACCGCCCAGGUGCCCAUCUGGCUGGACCUCAUCACCUCGCCCGCCGAGUGGUCCGCCUCAUUCCUGUCCCCCGAGGCGAAGGAGGUCCUCUCCGUUCUGGGCGGGUUGGCCGUCGUCUUCGCCCUGCCGUCGCCGCCUUCUUCCACGACAACAGCAGCACCACCAUCAUCAUCAUCACCGCCGCCAACAGUAGCAGCGCCGCCGCCGCCCACCGCGGACGAGACCCGCGCGCUCAUCUCGGAAGUCGGCAAGGUCGUGCGCGAAGGGCUCGGCGGGUGGGCAUGGGACGGCGUCGGGCUGGGCAUCGGCGUCGGCGAGGGCGACGCGGAGGAGUGGGAGGAGCUGUGCGCCGAGUGGGGGCUGGAGUUUGUGCAGGUGCGCGGGGGCAAGAAGGAUGACGGGCGGAACGAGUUUGGAGAAAAAAUGGGCAUCCCACGAGUCCUCGAGGCGCUGGAAUCAAACGACUGGGCUGCCGACGCCGGGCCGGACGUCGACUCUGACCUUGAGGAGGUCGAGGCGGAGAUGGCGGGCCUGCCGCGCAAACCUAGACCACUCGCUGACGGAGACGACGGGGACGAGUUCGACUUCGACCCGGAGAGCCUCGAUUUUGGUUUCGACCGGGCUGAUUUCGAGGGGCUGAAGAAGGCGAUCUGGAACCUGGAGCAGGAGCAGCAGCAAGUCGAUGAUGAGGACGAGGGCAAGGACGGUGAUAAGAAGAAGGAUGGUGAGGGCUCAAAGGAUGCAACGAAAAGGGAGGCGGCGAAGGCGGCGGCCGAUGAGGAGGAGGAGCGGCUUGAUGCCGAGGAGAUUGAGAAGCUGGAGGGGAUGAUGCGCAAGUUGCAGGCUGUCAGGGAUAUGAGCGCGGGGAUGCCUGUGGAGCAGGCGAGGAAGAUGGCCAAGAAGGCAGUGAGUGAGGUGAUGAAGGAGUUGUGA